CAUCAUGGCCGCUGACUUGUUGGCAGAUUUUGCUGUGCAGGUUUGUUUCACCAACUUUACCAAACAUUUUCCCUUUUGAAGCAUGACCUGUUUUAACAUUCCUGAUUACAUCACCAUAGUGUGACUUUGAUCGGUCUGUACUGAGGUACAGCUGUAAUGGCUGAGAGGGAUCAAGGUGUAUACAACCUCCGUAAAAGAAUGGUCCCCACUCGCCCCACCUCAAACCCUAUCCAUCCCACUGGCAUUGCCACGACCUCAUCAAGUGAACCUUCCACGAAGCUCAAUGAUCUGAAAACUAAACAACUUAAGAAUGGGGUGACAGCAGUGCAAGGAGGUUCUCCCCCUAGAAAUGAUGAUGAUGAUGAUGAGGAAGAGACUAUAUUUGGUGCUGAUGUAGACACUAGACCGCUGUUAGAUACUGCAUCAUCCCCAGAUGGUGAUCCACAUUCAGAUGAUGUGGACACAAAUGAAGAUAUCAGGGAAGAGACCUGGUUUGAAAUUGGACUUCAGGUCUUUUUUCCCUACAUAGUGGCAGGAUUUGGGACUGUGGGAGCUGGUAUGGUGCUGGAUGUUGUACAGCACUGGGAAGUGUUUGUUAAUGUAUCAGAAGUAUUCAUCCUCGUCCCGUCCCUGCUUGGAUUGAAAGGAAACUUGGAAAUGACGUUGGCUUCACGCUUAUCUACACAGGCAAAUCUAGGCAUUCUCGAUUCAAAGAAAGAAAUGUGGAGUCUGAUAUUUGGGAAUAUGGCUUUAGUUCAGGCGCAAGCGAUUGUUGUCGGGUUCCUUGCAUCUAUGGUUGCAAUGAUAAUGGGAUGGAUCCCUCAGGGCAAGUUUGAUCUGUAUCACGGUCUGUUGCUUUGUGCCAGUAGUAUGUUCACUGCAGCUGUAGCUAGUUUUGUUUUAGGUGCUGUGAUGGUUGGUGUAGUUGUGGUGUCCAGGAAAGUAAAAAUAAACCCAGACAAUGUGGCCACACCUAUAGCGGCUAGUCUUGGUGAUCUGGUUACCCUCUCUCUACUUUCAGGGGUUAGCGUAGUCCUGUACAAUUCUAUAUUAGUAGGUAAACAUUUAUGGUUGGCUCCAACCAUUAUUGGUCUCCUGGUAGCUCUCAUUCCUCUCUGGCUGUAUAUAUCUAUAAAAAAUAAAUAUACCAAUGAUGUUGUCUACUCUGGCUGGACACCGGUACUAAGUGCAAUGUUUAUAAGUAGUGUGGGCGGUUUAAUUCUAGAUUUUACGGUAGCUAAAUACCAUGGCAUUGCUGUUUUUCAACCUGUGAUUAAUGGAGUAGGUGGAAACUUAGUGGCAGUACAUGCCAGUCGUCUUACAACUUCACUACAUCUAGUCAGUAGCCCUGGGAGACUGCCUACAACAGCCACCAGAGGCUGCCCCAACCCAGGCGGUGCUUUCUGUGGUAAAACUUCCAAUUCUAAAGCAGCACGUGUCCUCCUUUCUUUAGUGAUACCAGGACACCUUAUAUUUAUGUUCACCAUUUCCUACAUGAAAGCUGGACAUACGUCCAUCACUAUAACAUUUGCUGGCAUUUAUCUCACUGCCUCUUUGCUACAGGUGAUCAUCCUUCUAUACCUUGCCCAUUGGAUGGUACAUUUUGUAUGGCGUUUAGGAGAGGAUCCUGACAACAUUGCCAUCCCCUAUUUGACAGCCAUUGGUGACCUGCUGGGAACAGCAUUUCUUGCCCUAGCCUUCCAUCUCCUCUACCUCAUAGGGGACAAGGACGCAGACGUUGGGGAGUGAUCACCACCCAUUCACACAGUGUAAUGUCCUUCUGAGAAAGAAGAACUUCAAGUAAAAAUAAUACUGUUUAAUAGUCAAAACUACAUGAUUUAAAUUAUAAGGAAAUGUGAUCAGUUUAUCUGGAUUGAGGGAAGUUUGAAAAGAAAAUAUGCCAGUAUAUUGAUGAACUAUUGUGACAGAAAAUGACUAAAUACAGAAUUAUUAUAUUAUUUUAAAUGUGAUUUUAGAACUGUUGACUGUGAUGAAUAAGCAAUCAGAGUUUUAUAGAAAUAAUAUAUAACAGCUAUAUGGGAGUUGUGUAACCACUGAAUCUUAACAGAAGGAACUUGAUUAUAGUUCUCUAUAGCAAUGGCAGUUAGAUAUUUACCAUAUAAUAUUCUAGAUUCAAUGUUGGUACUUUGUUUUUCUCACCUCAUGUUUUUUAGUUCAAUGAAUAUGUAAUGUUAUUUUGAUAGAAAAUUCACUGCCAGGAUGUUACUUCUGUUUACCAAAAAAACCAAUGAAUUAACACUCUACCAAGCACCUGUCUGAAUUCCCAAACAGUGUCACAUACAGUAACAUAAAUGGAACUGACAGUAACACACCAAACAUAGCAAUCCUCCUACCCACCUUUCAGCCAAAGAGUUCAUCAUAAUCAUCAACUUAAUGUUGUAGUUUUAUGGACACUAUUCAAUCUUACAGUCGUGUGGUUCACUGGUCUAUAAGUAUUAUUAUCAUUACUUCUUAAUAUUACCGUUUUGGAACCUUUUGUUCAUUAACGGGCUGCACCAAUCAUAAAUGAGUGCUAUCAUUACGAAAACAGACCAUAUUUUUUGUAAGGGAAAAAUGGCGUCUUGAAUCAGGGAACUCAUACAUUAUGAGUUGUCAUCAUUUUGUUUAAUUCCUGCCAGUGUUGUAAAAUUCUUAGAACAAAUUUAGAAUUCAGUGUAAUUUUGAUAUACAGGACGUUUUUCAAACUCCCACCAUUACAAAGCUGUGACUACACAAUAAUGCAUGCUAUUUUUGUUAAUCUAAUUUAUAAUCUUUUUUUAAAUACUAGGUUUCUAAUAUUUUUUUACCUAAAUGAAAAACACUAAUUGUACAAAAUAAUGAUAUCUUUAUCAAUGGAAUUUGCUGCAUUACUUUAUCAUCGUAAAAUUUUUUGAAAAUGUUUUCUUUCAUCAUUCUGCCUCCUUCUUCAUGUAGUUGUGUCACAACUUUGGGUGUCAUAGCCAUGCCACAUGGCUUCAACCACAAGAGUGACCAAGAUGGACAGUGCCACUGAAAAGCUGUCAGUAAGCUAAGUAGAGAGUUGUGCAUUUAUCUCCUGAUUAGAGAAUUUUUUCUGUAACCUUAACUGUAAUGUCUGACAUGUAUACUGUGAAAUAAUUACCAAUCAUAUACAACAAAACCAGAACUUCAGCGAUGUUAUGGAACUGAAAUGUUUGUAAGUGGCAAGAAAUGGGAUGAACCUUCAGUCUUUAACUGUGAUAUAUUGAAAGUGGGUUUCUGCUGUACGCAAGUACUUUACAGGACAAUAAUUGUAUAGGUGUAUUAAAAGUAGGUCACUACAGUAUGCAAGUACUUUACAGGACAAUAAUUGUAUAGGUGUAUUAAAAGUAGGUCACUACAGUAUGCAAGUACUUUACAGGACAAUAAUUGUAUAGGUGUAUUAAAAGUAGGUCACUACAGUAUGCAAGUACUUUACAGGACAAUAAUUGUAUAGGUGUAUUAAAAGUAGGUCACUACAGUAUGCAAGUACUUUACAGGACAAUAAUUGUAUAGGUGUAUUAAAAGUAGGUCACUACAGUAUGCAAGUACUUUACAGGACAAUAAUUGUAUAGGUGUAUUAAAAGUAGGUCACUACAGUACGCAGGUACUUAACUGGAAAAUAAUUGUAUAGGUGUAUUAUAAGUGAGUCACUACAGUACAUGUACUUUACAGGACAAAUAUUGUAUAGGUGUAUUAAAAGUAGGUCACUACAGUACAUGUACUUUACAGGACAAUUAUUGUAUAGGUGUAUUAAAAGUAGGUCACUACAGUACAGGUACUUUACAGGAUAAUGAUUGUAUAGGUGUAUUAAAAGUAGGUCACUACAGUAUGCAAGUACUUUACAGGACAAUAAUUGUAUAGGUGUAUUAAAAGUAGGUCACUACAGUAUGCAAGUACUUUACAGGACAAUAAUUGUAUAGGUGUAUUAAAAGUAGGUCACUACAGUACGCAGGUACUUAACUGGAAAAUAAUUGUAUAGGUGUAUUAAAAGUAGGUCACUACAGUAUGCAAGUACUUUACAGGACAAUAAUUGUAUAGGUGUAUUAAAAGUAGGUCACUACAGUAUGCAAGUACUUUACAGGACAAUAAUUGUAUAGGUGUAUUAAAAGUAGGUCACUACAGUACGCAGGUACUUAACUGGAAAAUAAUUGUAUAGGUGUAUUAAAAGUAGGUCACUACAGUACAGGUACUUUACAGGAUAAUGAUUGUAUAGGUGUAUUAAAAGUAGGUCACUACAGUAUGCAAGUACUUUACAGGACAAUAAUUGUAUAGGUGUAUUAAAAGUAGGUCACUACAGUACGCAGGUACUUAACUGGAAAAUAAUUGUAUAGGUGUAUUAAAAGUAGGUCACUACAGUAUGCAGGUACUUUACAGGACAAUAAUUGUAUAGGUGUAUUAAAAGUAGGUCACUACAGUAUGCAGGUACUUUACAGGACAAUUAUUGUAUAGGUGUAUUAAAAGUAGGUCACUACAGUACGCAGGUACUUAACUGGAAAAUAAUUGUAUAGGUGUAUUAAAAGUAGGUCACUACAGUACAGGUACUUUACAGGACAAUAGUUGUAUAGGUGUAUUAAAAGUAGGUCACUACAGUACAGGUACUUUACAGGAUAAUGAUUGUAUAGGUGUAUUAAAAGUAGGUCACUACAGUACGCAGGUACUUAACUGGAAAAUAAUUGUAUAGGUGUAUUAAAAGUAGGUCACUACAGUACAGGUACUUUACAGGACAAUAGUUGUAUAGGUGUAUUAAAAGUAGGUCACUACAGUAUGCAGAUACUUUACAGGACAAUUAUUGUAUAGAUAUUUUUGUUGCAUUUAAGAUAUAUAAAAAGGUCUUUUGCCGGCAGGGCCUGGAAAUUGAUAAUCUGUAGUGGUCUGUUGUUGUCAGCCUUUGUUAUGGACUGAGGUGUAUUGGGAUUGAUGUGUUCAGUUUGACUAACUUGUCAUUAUGUGCUGCAAAAGUAUGAACCAUAGGCAUAUCAUAUCAAGGCUGUUAUGUUUAGGUUGUUGGAAGAUUCUUGGUUUUGUGAACAAUGUUUAAGUUCAAAUGAUGUGCCAUUUACACUGACUGAAGGUUUGUCAUUCUCGUAAUGGUUAUUGUUUUAUGGUAUGUUGAUGUUUGAACAUUACACUUGUAUCACAUUCAAACCCCAUAACCUCUGGUCAACUUCCUGAACCAACUGUAAAACAUUUACUAUGUUAUUUUUACAUGUACUUACAUGGAAAGUUUACAUUCUAAUUUCUUUGAUGGAAGAGUUUAAAUAAGUUAAAAAAAGGAGAACAUAAUACUGAAUCAGGGAUGUUUUCUUUUCCAAGCUUUUUUAUGAGGUGUUCAGGAAUGUUUCUUUUGUCCCAUAUGAACUAUUAUUGCAUUUGGAUGUUAGAAAUUCUGAAAUGUCCUCUUGUUGGAGUGGUUGAAGGAUUAGCUGAAAGAUUAGUUUAACUCAAAAUUAAUUAGAAGUGACUCGAUAUGUUGGCAAAGAUAAUUGAAAGGUUUUUUCUGCCAAAUAUGAAGUUUUUUGAUAACACCUGCAGUUAGAGUGAAAUUGAAUGUUUGUCUUUUUAAAUGAGACUCAACAUUUUGAAAUAAGAAUAAAACACCACACCAAUUUAUUGAUAUGCUUGAUUUGUUGUCAUUCAUUGGAGGAAAAUUCUGAGAGAUUGAUCAGGCAUCAGAUCAAAAGCCUUCGUUCUGUGCCCCAAACUUUUGUGUCUGGUGUAAAAAAGAGCAACAAUAAAAAAAGGAUGAGUGUCGGAAUGAAGCCACAAAAUAAACCUGCUGUAGUUUACUAGGCAGACAAUAUCAAAGUGAAUGCUUUAGAAGACUAGAGCCAUUUUUAUAAGGUUUGAGCGUGGAGCUCAGAAAAAUAUUGAAGCAAUGCUUACAAGUUGGAGAUGAAGCCAUGACUGCAAGUUGGAAUUAAAUGAUGAAGCCAUGAUUACAAGUUGGAAUUAAAUGAUGAAAUCAUGAUUACAAGUUGGAGUUAAAUGAUGAAACCAUGAUUACAAGUUGGAAUUAAAUGAUGAAACCAUGACUACAAGUUGGAGUUAAAUGAUGAAAACAUGACUACAAGUUGGAGUUAAAUGAUGAAACCAUGAUUACAAGUUGGAAUUAAAUGAUGAAGCCAUGAUUACAAGUUGGAGUUAAAUGAUGAAGCCAUGACUACAAGUUGGAGUUAAAUGAUGAAACCAUGACUACAAGUUGGAGCUAAAUGAUGAAACCAUGAUUACAAGUUGGAGUUAAAUGAUGAAACCAUGACUACAAGUUGGAGUUAAAUGAUGAAACCAUGAUUACAAGUUGGAGUUAAAUGAUGAAGUUGAAUGAAGAAUUCAUUUGUAUAUGGAUCUACUGUGGCUUCAGGUUUCUUUUUAUGGAAAUUGACAAUGUCAAAUUCAUUAUAGAAAUAAUGCAAGUACAAUGUAUAAUAAAAAAUAAACGAUGUAUGUGUGAAAAGUGUCCUCAGCAUUAUAACAAGUGUUAGGAGACCUUCCCAUAGAUCAGUACAGCAACAUUGUUUAUAUAAUACAUAACCUUAUACUUGUAUCCUUACUGAAACAUUAGAUCAACAACCCAGCACACUUUUCUACACCUGUAAUACUGUCUGGGAUCUGAAAAAUUAAGGCUACCAGAAGCUACACAUAUAUAUAUUGUUAAUUUUACAUAUCUAUCAACCAGCAAAAAGUGUCCUUAUGUUGAUGUUGUAGAUACAAUGUAUGUGGGUAUGAAGAGAUAAGUAGCUACAAUCUUCCAUCUAUAAGAUGGUGUUGUGUCAUCUUUGUUGAUUUUUUAUAGAAAGAAAACGUUAGUCAAUAUUUACAUUGUUAUAAGGUAUUCCUUGAUAAUUAAGGGAUCAUGCUCACUUGCUCUCUGCUACUCUGGAACAUUUCAUGGCAAAAAUGAAGGUACCAGCAAAGUAAUUUGAUUUGUCUAGACUUGGUUUGAGGAGAAACUGACAAAUGAUAGAGUGAUAUGCUCUUAAGAAGAUUACAAAGGAGUGACACCACACUUCAGUCUGUACAACAUACUGUUAUGUGACCUCCAGAGUCGUUUGCUCUAAGUAAAAGGAUCAACCUAGCCUUAUCCACAAGGUGUUGUACAUGGAGACUUUUGCCAUGAAGUAUUCCAGGUUGCUGAGUGUGAUAGCGAGUGUAACCUCUUGAGUAUUGAGGAUAAACGUCCUUUAGUGCUAUCUCUCCCAGUGUUCUUGUAAAGUUUAAAUGUUGUGUUAAAGACUGAUUUUCCAUCUGUACAUGUUUCAGUUUUUGGUACUGCCGUUUGUAUUGUUAUAUAUACUUUGUAUGUCUGAAGCAAACAGAUGCUUGCUUCACUCCUGGAUGUUUGUUUAUGAGAUACACACAAAUAUCUGCCAUAUGUGAAGUGGUGCAGGACAAAAGUUAGAUCAUUGAUAAUGGAUAGUCACUGUGAAAUGACUGGAAUUUCUGGGAAAUCUGGUAUAGACGGAACUGCCAUUUUCAUAAAUGGUUUAUUAUGUGAUAGCCAUAUUAGGAAAUUUAUUUACCGGUAUUAUUAAAUAAAUAAAUAGGACAGUAUAUUGUGCAACAUGAACGGUUUGUGGGUUCUUACUUUUGUGGUUUAAACUCAACACAUUUUUUAAAGGUUAAACAUUUUUGUGAACAUGACAUGAUUGUAUACAAAUUUCAUUUUGUCCAAAGUUUUCUUCAUGAAGUUCUACUUUUGGAGCCAUGAAAACCACAAAAAUUCCCACACAACAAAUAUUUCAUUUUAUACAGUAUGCCAUUGAUUUGUUGUAAAACGACAUAUUCAUUGUUAUCAGAAGAUUAAGUUUAUCUGUUAAUGUUAACCACACCAUUGUAAAUAAGUAUUAUUCUAUGUAUACUAAUUAUUUGUCAACAAAAUAUAUUUAUAAAAAAGAUAACUUUUCAGAAUCAGACCUAUUUAUUUUGAUUGACGUGUUAAAAAUGAUUUGAUGAUGCUUUUUUAUUGCUCUACACGAGAAAUUUCCCGGUCAAAAGUCAAUAAUGUAGCUGGCAGUUUUAGGAAUAAUCAUCAGACAGAGCUGUCAGGUCAUUGGUUGUUAUUUUUAUUUUAGGAAAAUCCAGUCAAAGACAAAAUUACAAGUUGGCUGUUUGUGUAGGCAUGAUAUUGACCGAAAUAUGUCUGUUAGAUGUUUCUCUUGGUUGAAGGGUAUUUCUUUCAGGAAUUGUUUCAUUUCAGUACUGUCCGUGAUUGUUUAGUGCUGUGUAUAAAUGCUUAUCACUCUAGCUACACUGUCUGUUGUUUACAAUUUGACUCUAGUCUUUGUUACUUUCUGUGCCCACCAAACAUAUUUUUUUUUUAUCACAACUGUAGGAUUAUUAAACAUUUAUUUGGGUAUUGGUUGAUCGCUGUUCCAUAUUAAUGUUGCUUACCAAGAAACCUUAUAUUGUUGCUUGCUGAUUACUGAUGGAACAAACUUGAGGGACAUGUUUCUAAACAAAAUGAUCACAUUGGUGGAGGAUUAGGUACAGAACACACAUGUGUACCCUUACUAGUCUUUACAUUGUGUUUAUCAAUAAAAAUGUGGAGUCAAAGUUUCA